AUGGAAAGUGCAUUUUCAGUGUUCAGUGAAAUGAUUGAAAGAGAUGUUAGCCCUAAUGUUGAUACAUAUUACCCUUUAGUGAGUGGCCUCCGUAAGGUUGGAAGGAUGGAGAGAAUGAAUGAAUUUGUAGAUGAGAUCCUGAAGAAGGGAAUUGAGUUGGGCCAAGUUGGGUUUAAUACUAUGAUUAACGUGUGUUACAAGGAAGGAAUGAUAGAUAAAGCUCUUGGUUUGCAUGUUAUCAUGCAGAAGAAAGGAUUUAUGCUUGAUGUGUUUUUAUAUGACAUGAUAUCUAAUGGGUUAUGUGAAUUGGGUCAGAUGGAUGAAGCGAAAACACUGUUGAGCAUUAUGGUGAAAAGGAGUGCGACCUUUGACAUGGGUAGCUUUACUCAUUUUCUUGGCAGAUUAGGUCAUCGUGGAAGCGAAAAGGCUGUUUCUGAGGAGGAGUAA